AUGCAACUCGGCCUCUCCUUCGUCGCAGGUCUCAUCGCCACCUCUGCUCUGGUCUUUGCUGCACCUGCCCCCGGUGUCUCCGAGGCCAUCGAGAUCCCUCUCGAGAAGCGCAGCAGCUUGCUGCACGCAGACAGUAACGUCAUCGACUUCCAGAAGGUUGCGGCUCACGUCACCAGUCUGCGCAACAAGUACCAGGGCACGCUCAACAACUUCAAGGUCAACACUGGCGCAGAGCACCCCCUCCGUCGCGAGCUGCCCGAGGAGCUGAAGAAGCGCGCUACCGGCACCGUCGCGUUGACGGACGAGUCCGAGCAACUCUGGCACGGCAACGUCGUCUUUGGCGGUCAGACCAUCCCCAUUGACUUCGACACCGGCUCCGCUGAUCUCGUCGUCAACCGCGAUGCCUACACACCUGGUUCUUCCUCCACCAACACCGGCAGGGCUUGGACUGCGGCUUACGGAGAUGGUACCACUGCCCGCGGCACCGUCUACACUGAUAGCUUCAGCAUUGCAGGCAUCUCGGCUAGCAAGGUUGCUAUCGGCCGUGCUACCACUGACUUCUUGAAUGACGCCAACAACCAGGGUAUUGCAGGCAUGUCUUUCCCUGCAUUGAGCCAAUUUGGCUCUCAAUACCCACCCUUCUUCGACUCUCUCAUCAACCAGAAGAAGGUCGACCAGAGCGUCUUCACCUUCACCUUGAAGGCCGGCAGCGGCUCCACCCUCUUCCUUGGUGGCGUCUCCGGCGGCAGCCCCUCUUACAGCAACGUUGACACCUCCAACGGUUUCUGGCAGAUCCCCGGCCGCGUCAACGGCAUCAGCUUCGAGUCCAUUCAGGACACGGGAACAACCGUCAUUGUUGCGCCCAACAGCGACGCUGCCAACCUCUGCAACAACGUCGGCGGCUCCACCUUCACCCAGGACGGCUCCACCUACUGCGCUUACACUUGCUCCAGGCCCCCCAAGGUCUCCUUCACCUUUGGCAGCUUCACCAAGGCUCUCUCUUCCGCGACGACAUCUUUCGGUCAGACCAACGACGGCCGUUGCGUGCUUUCCGUCAUUGGAGGCGAUGUCGGUGUCAACGCCUGGGUUACUGGCGACAGCUGGCUCCAAAACGUUCGUGCCACCUUCAACAGAAGCACCCGUCAAGUCGGCUUCACCUCUCAGUAA